AUGCUGCCAUGUGUCAGUCAUCGUAUUGCUUUGCGUUUUGCAAUACUUGACAGAUCGUGGACUGUAAACAUAACCUAAAACCAACUUAGGUAUUUGUAUUAUUUAAGUAUUUUAUUAAAAUGUUUAAAAUACCAGCUUGGGAAGAUGAUGUCCCUAAAACUGAUUCGAUUGCCUUGCCAUUUAUGCAAAAAGUGAAGAAAAAAGAAAAGUCUGCAACAGAAAAUAAAGAACAAACUAAAGUAGUUAAUAAUGUUAAAGAAAAUAAAAACAAAGUCAAAACUAAUGGUCUGAGAAAGACAGCACCAAAGCGUAAGAUUGAACACAAUACAACAAACAAGACAAAUAAAGAUACAACACCAAAUAAAAAAAGUAAAAAAAAUGAUGAUUAUGUAGAAAUCCCAGAAUCACAUAAUUUUGAUGAAGUACUAUUAAACGCUAAAAAGAAAAAGUUCAAUCAAGUAAUUGAAAAUGAUGACAAAGAGGAUGUAUUAUUUGCUGAAAAGAAAAAAAAGAUUAAAAAGAAAAAAACAAAAAAUGGCAUCAAUAAUAAUGUAAAUGAUAAGAAUGCAGAAUCAUUAAUACUAACUAAGCAAAACAGUGACGGGAUAGAGAGUAUUGAACCGGUUAACAGCAAAAAAACAAGGUUGAAGCAAUUGUUAGAUAACACCAGUAGUCUCCGUAGACCAAUUAAUACUAGCAACACUGGAAACAAGCUGAGAGACAGAAUGCUGGAGAGAUUAAAAGCUGCCCAAUUCCGAUAUUUAAAUGAAAAGUUAUACACCUCAUCAGGGUCUGAAGCCCAGCAGUUGUUUCAAAAUGACCCGACUGCCUUUGAGACGUACCACCAGGGAUAUCAGCUGCAAGUCAAAAAAUGGCCUGUAAAUCCGCUUGAUGUUAUUAUUAAGAAAAUUAUGAAAAUGCCCAAGACCCAUACCAUAGCAGACUUAGGUUGCGGAGAAGCAGCAUUGUCUCGGCGAGUGCCUCACAAGGUGCGGUCAUUUGACCUGGUGGCUACCGCGCCAGGAGUGGAAGCUUGUGACAUGGCACGGACGCCAUUACUGUCUGCGUCUAUGGACGUCACUGUCUACUGUCUCGCUCUGAUGGGCACUGAUUUAACUCAGUACCUGCUUGAAGCUAACCGCGUGUUAAAAAUGGGAGGCCAUCUUCUAAUAGCGGAAGUAGAAAGUCGUUUCGACAAAGUGGAGGACUUUGCGAAGGAAGUGGAGAGACUUGGUUUCAAACUGAAACAGUUGGAUAAGAGUAAUAAAGUAUUCUAUUUCAUGGAGUUCACCAAGAUCAGAGACCCGCCGGUGAAGAAAGCCAAACUACCAGCCUUGACUUUGAAACCUUGUUUAUACAAACGCCGAUAA